CUCACUUCUCUAUCAGUAAAAUGUGCAUAUUACAUAUAUAGAAAUUUGUUUUCCAGCCAAAACACUGCAAGAAACUAAUUUUAACUCACCCACCCUGUCCUUAGCAUCCUUUGGAAGCUGUCUACGCAUGAGAAGGAUUCAAGGAGGUUCUUUCACAAGGUUGAGGUCGACGUCAACAGGCGUGAGGUCACCAUCCAUCUCAUCUGAAACUUUUGACGAUCCCUGCAUGGCGCGUAUUCAUUGUAGAAAUACCAUCAAGUGGGAGCAAUCCAAGUCUCAUGGGAGCAAUCCAAAUCUCAUAGUCUCAAAUUCACUAUUGUUUAUGAGCAAAUCCUCGAUCUUCUUCUUCCAUUUUUGUUGCAGUGCAUCGGAUAACAAUUGGGUGCCUGAAACCUCUACUGCACGCGCCAUCUUCACGAGCACAAGCACUAGCUCUAGCUGCUAAGGAACCUCUCCAUCUUCAUGGAAUCCGCGUGACGAUCGAAGAAGCCUUCCAACAGCGAGCGAAAUCAAGCAGGGACCAUGCCUGAGCACCUCCGACGCCGGAACCCUAACCCUAACGCGAUGCAUCUUUCUCCACAUAAUCGGCAAUCCGGCUCUUCACAGCGGUCGGCCCGAGAAAGUUUCACACGGACCCUCUUAUCGACUCAGAGGCUUGCACCAAUUAUUGAACCAGCCCAUGUAAAUUACCGGGAAUGCCCUUCUGGGGCCUCCGUUAUUUUUCCCCUUUUAAGGAUAAUCUCUGCCCCUUCUCUUGCAAUUGAUUUCGUUUUCUUGUUUGCGAUGUGUUACGGUCACCAACAACCAUUGUCGCGGAGGCGGCGCCGAUCGCCGGAGGUCGAGGAGGAUACGGUGGUGGAGGAUCCACGGGACCGGAUUGCGGAGAUGGAGGCUCGUCUGCGGCGAGCGAGGAGGAGGGAGGCGGAGCUCAGCCGUCGGCUGGAGGAGAUGAAGCAAUUUGUCUCCGUCAUGGAGAUCCUCGAGAGUUACUUGAAGCGUCGGUUCCUGGAACAGCAAGAGCGCGUCGCUCGCCUUUUCUCGUCGAUUACGGCAAAAUAGGAUUGAACACAUGAACAAGAUUCCAACGGAGGAUUUCAUGAGUGCUCUGACUAUUUUGAGUGGGGCGACUACACAAACUGGGUAUCUUUUCAGGGCGUGUAAUUCCUCUUUCGAAAGAAGGGGAGGUUUAUGUUGUGGUGAUUGGUGUGUUAUCUUCUACUGAUGCCCUAUCUCUUCUUCCUGGGGGAAAGAUCGAAACUUUGUCAGAUACUGAAUCAGAACACCUUACAUUCUAUUAUCUGUAAACGGGAAAUCAGCUUGUCAAAGAUUGAUACUGUGCUAA